AUGAAUGAUCUUUUUUUUGUUGAAAGAUUGAAUUUCGGUCAAUUAUUAUUAUUGAAUAUAAUAAAUGGUACAUUAAAAUUUUUAUCAUCAGGUUCUUAUGAAAUUAUUUAUAUUUAUGCAAAUGAAUUAUUUUCAACAAAUGUACGAAAUACUGGUAUGGGUAUUUGUUCAAUGGUUGCACAUAUUGGCGCUAUUAUUGAAGCAUAUACUGACGAUAAUUUAACACGUUUAUGGAUUCAUCUUCCAAUACUUUCCUAUGGUAAUGUAUCAUUAAUAGCUGCUGUAUUUGCUUUAAUAUUUCCUGAAACAUUAAGUCAACCAUUACCUCAAUCAGUAGACAAUAUUGAAAAAAUGAAUUUAAUUAAUAUUCGAAUUUAUCGAUCGAAACGAUUAAUCAAUGAUAAUACUCAAAUUAAUGAACAAUCAAUGAAAAGGUUUGCUCCCUAUAUCAACCCACAAUCCGACAACAAUGAAAGCCAAAAUAGAACAGAACAAGUCGAAAGACUUUGA